AUGCCACGCGAGGUCGCGGCAGCUGCGGGGCGAUCGGGCUCAUCCGCCGCGGAGGUGGUAGCUGCCGACCUUGCAGGCCCGUCCGAGGCGGAGGACUCCGCUUACUACGGUCUCGAGCUCACCGGCGCCGCCGACGCCGACGCCAACAGCAGCGCCGUCUCCGCCGCCGCCCGCGCCUCCGCGGCCGCCGCCAUGGCCACGGACGUGGUCAACCGCUUCGCCGCAUUUGGCCCCAUGCGCCUGAUCGCCGCGCGCGUGAUGGAGGCGGCCGGCGCCAAGGCGAGGAAGACGGUCGAGGCGCUGACGCCCGACCAAUACCCCAUGGCGACGCAGCCGAGCGGCGAGUGGGAGGUCGUUAAGGCCGGCCACUGGAUGAGCGGCCUGUUCUCGGGCGUGCUGUGGCAGCUGUACGAACACAGCGGCCGCAAGGAGCAGUUUUGGGCGGACAAGGCGCAGGAGUGGCAGGCGGGGCUAGCGGGCAGGCAGCGCGAGUCCGGGUCCCAGCACGACUUUGGAUUCAUCUACCUGCCAAGCUUUGCCCAUUCGUACUCUGUCACCGGCUCGCCUGAGGACAAGCGGCAGGCGUUGGCGGCGGCAGAGGCGCUCUCGUGGGCGUUUGUGCCCGGCUCCAAGAGCCUGCGCAGCUUUGAUGGCUGGAAGACGCCGUCCUCCACCGACGCCUACCAACAGAUCGUUAUCAUCGACUUCAUGAUGAACAUCCAGAUGCUGGUGUGGGGCGCCCGCCACGUCACCAGCCCCGCCCUGGACCUGCGGAUGGACCCACGGCCGGCGGAGACCUGGCUGCAGAUGGCCAAGGACCACGCGCGCCAGGUGGCUGCCAAUCAUGUGCGGCCCGAUGGUACCACUUACCACAUCGUCGAAUACAAUCCCAACACGGGCUCAGUCAACAAAAAGUAUACCUACCAGGGCUACUCCGACUCGAGCACCUGGGCCCGCGGCCAGGCUUGGGCCAUCUGCGGCUUUGCCAUGCUCCACAACGCCACUGGCGACCACGACUUCCUUGAAACUGCCAGGAAGCUGACUGACAAAUACCUCGAGCUGCUUUCCGCCCAGCCGGCGAAGGCGGCGCGCGCCGUCAAGGCGGCCGGCGGCGCCGCGGCUGUCGCGGCGGCCGCGGCGCCGCCCGCGCCGCCGAGGGACGCGCUCGUGCCGCAAUGGGACUUUGACGCGCCGUGGCACCCAGAGAUGGACGGGCCGCGUGACACGAGCGCUGCCGCCGUCGCAGCACUGGGUAUGCUGUACCUUGCAGAAUCCGAGGCUGCAGUGGGGACGGCCGCCGCUGCUGGCCCACAAACCAUCGGCCCGCCCGCGGAGGCGGCUGCCGGAGAGGCGCGGCCGGACUCGCAGGCCAGCCGGGGCGCGGCGGCGCGCUAUCUCGACGCCGCCGCCAGCACGCUGCGCGCGCUGGCGGCGCCGAAGUACUUGGCGCCCGCUGGGGGCGCGGGAAGCUUCCCCGCGCUGCUCAAGCACGGGACUGGCGGCUUCCCCUUGCGAAACCAUGUGGAUGUCGGGCUCAUCUCUGGGGAUUACUACUUGUUGGCGGCACUGAAUAAGUGCCUGACGAUGCCCGCCUGCGUGGGGCACGUGGGCAGCGCGUGA